CUACUGUUGCCUCUUUAGAGUGAACCUGUCGAAGGUCAGCACUUGAAGCAACUGCAAUAAGAAUUAGCUGGAGUGGAGAGAAGAUGACAUAUUGAGCUGUAUGCUUUGUGGGAGCCUGACACAAAUGGCUCUCGGAGUGACUUUUUCCAGGCUUAUCCUUAGGUUGUUUGUGCUGCCACAGUCCACAUGGCACAAAUGGCAUUUUGGAGAUCCAGCACUCUGUUCAGGAUGGUGCAGGGUGACUUUGUAGCAGAGCUCAAGUGGAACAAGCCUCCUGGGAAGUCAGUCCUGAAGCUCGAUCGCUCACUUGAGAUGUCAGAGUUCUCCUUCGGCUACACUGGCUGAUCCGGGCUGCCAUCUGCACUCCAUGUGAGAUUCCAUAUUUAAGACAUGAGGCUGUGAACACUUUUUCCUCCUUAUCUAUUUACAACAUGGGCGCUAAUACCAGCAGCGUAACAGAACUUGCAGAAAAUGAGAACUUGAGGAAGUUAACUGGUACCGAAUCUAUUUCUGAGAAUGACCCCUUCUGGAACCAGCUGAUCUCCUUUUCAUUUACCAGCCCCACCAACAGUGAAGACGCAAAACAUCUGGAAGAAACUGCCACCAUUCUUUCAAAGCUUUUAAUUGAGAAUAAUCCAAGAACUGGCAAUUUCAGGGCCCUUGUCAAAGUGUUUCUCAGCAGAACCAAAGAGUUGAAAAUCUCCACAGAAUGCCAAGAUCAAUUAUUUAUUUGGCAAGCUCACAAUGCCUUGUUCAUGAUCAGAUGUUUAAUAAAGGUGUUUGUGGGCCUAAUGCCAGAAGAAGAGUUGCAGUUGCAGUUUACGUACCAGGAGAGGGCACCAGGAACCUGUGAUGAAGAAGGAGAUCUUCUGGAGGAGAUGAUCUGUAACCUUGUACAUCUUAUUACAGAAGUACCCUUAUUGGACAUCACAUAUAAUAUCCUCUUUGAGGCUGUGACUACUUUGCUGACAUUAUUGUCCUACCAACUCUUCCAGAAGGAGAUCCUGAGAGAGAACAUUAUUUACAAAUACCUUUCACAAGGUCAAUGCCUUUCUCUGACCAGUAGGCUUGUAAAGACGUUGUUGUAUAAUUUCAUCCGACAAGAGAAAUGCCCAUCCCCUGUUGCCCACAUUUUUCAGCCACAAACAGAAGGUGCUGGGUUACUUUAUGGACUUGCGUCAGGUGUUGCCAGUGGUCUUUGGACAGUUUUUACAUUAGGGGGAGCUGCAAGUAAACAAAGCCCCGAGAAAGAUCUUCCACUUCCAUUGCCCAAUCAGAGCCUUUUGUUACUGCUUGUACUGGCCAACUUGCCUGAUGGACCGGAUACUCCUAACCCUUACAAGCAGGCCAUUAUGUCCUUCAGAAACACACAAGAUAGCUCUUCACUUCCCUCUCCUAAUCCACACUCCUUCCAGAUCAAUUUUAACAGCCUUUAUACAGCACUGUGUGAUCAGCAGAAAUCUGAUCAAGCCACCCUACUUCUGUACACGUUGCUUCAUCAGAAUACUAAUGUCAGGACCUACAUGCUUGCUCGGACCGAUAUGGAAAAUCUAGUGAUGCCCAUUUUGCAGAUUCUCUAUCAUGUAGAAGAGAGAAAUUCACAUCAUGUGUAUAUGUCACUCAUCAUUUUGUUAAUUUUGACGGAAGAUGAUGCAUUUAAUCGAUCAAUUCAUGAAGUGAUUUUAAAAAAUAUUACAUGGUACACAGAGCGGGCCCUGACUGAAAUUUCCCUUGGGAGUCUCUUAAUUCUGGUGGUCAUCCGCACUAUUCAGUUCAACAUGACAAGAACAAGGGACAAAUAUCUUCAUACCAACUGUCUGGCGGCAUUAGCCAACAUGUCUGCUCAAUUCCGCUGUCUUCACCAGUAUGCAGCUCAGAGAAUUAUCAGUUAUACCUGCCGCCAAAUGCGGAGAUACUUGUAUAUCUUGGAUACAAUGUAUUUUCCCCACUCCCAUUGCACUACGCUGCAGCAGUGCUUCGCAUCCCUGGGUGACACGGGAGAGGAGCUCAUGCACUUUACUUGCUCUUACAUUCUCAGGUCCUAUGCUUCCAGUUUAUUUGCCCUUUUGUCUAAAAAACACAACAAAGUUCUGGAACAAGCUACACAGUCUUUAAGAGGGCCGUUUGACUUGGAUGAAAACUCUUCACUGCCAGACUAUGCCCAGGAUUUAAAUGUAAUUGAGGAAGUGAUCCGCAUGAUGCUGGAAAUCAUCAAUUCCUGUUUAACCAGCUCUCUACAUCACAACCCCAACCUGGUUUAUGCCCUUCUCUAUAAACGUGAACUGUUUGAGCAGUUCAGAACGCAUCCUUCCUUUCAAGAUAUCAUGCAGAAUUUGGACAUGGUGAUUGGCUUUUUCAGCACCCGACUUGAGCAGGCUGGGACAGACCUAUCCGUGGAACGUGUUCAGGAGGUUAUCAAGCAAGGUGCAGUGGCUUUGCCAAAAGACCGCCUUAAAAAAUUUCCAGAGCUGAAAUUCAAGUACGUGGAAGAAGACCAGCCAGAGGAGUUCUUCAUUCCUUACGUGUGGUCACUGGUGUACAGCUCCGGAGCGGGCUUGUACUGGAGCCCACAGAGCAUCGAGCUCUUCACCAUGGACUCCGGCUGAGGGCCUCAAGGAGUGGAAAGAAACGCCUGACCUCCUGGGAAGCACAGCAUGCUGAGAAGACUGCCACCUAGCUGUAGGUUAUUGGAUAGACUCCUUUAAAAUGAAACGAUUUAGGCCGCUUAAACUCUUCAAGCCAUGUUGUUAGAUAAAAACAGGUAACUAUAUCUGCAUUUACAUAUACCUUAAAUGUGUGUGUGUGUGUGUGUGUGUGUGUGCAUGUGUCUGUCAGUGUGUGUAUAAUACACACACACAUACACACUGAAUAUAUGUAUGUGUGUGUGUGUGUGUGUGUGUCCAGUAUGUAUGAAUCCCCUGCAGUGGACUGGCACCCUGUGCAGAGUUUGUUCCUGCCUUGCUCACAAUGAUUGCUGGGAUAGGCUCCAGCUUCCAGAGGUGCAUACACACACACACACACACACACACAUACAUAUAUAUAUACUCAGAGAGAGAGAGAUGCUUGUGUGUGUGUGUGUAUAUGUCUGUGUAUGUGUAAAUAUGUAUAUGUACAGACUAUACAUAUACACUAUGUGUGUGUGUGUGUGUGUGUAGAAUUAUAGCACAUUUCAGCUGAGGCUGCCACUGGAUCCAAGUAUUAAAAAAUCUGUAAGUUGUCAAAUAGAAUUUAUUUAAAAAAGAAAAAACAAAAAGUCAAACAAACAGGAAGCGAAGGCUUCACAACUUGCGUCUCCAGCUGCAGACUAAACAAACAAGUCGGCCGCAAGUCUCCUCCAGUCUCAGGCUGCUGAUUCCCACCUCUCUUUCUCUAUGCAGUGUGUCUCUGUGCGUCUGCAGAGCGCCAGACGCCCCCCACCAUUCUACAUUGAUAAUAAUUCUCAAGAUAGCUUGUGUUCACUCUGUAAGGCUAUGAGGUGGAAUUAAUAAGAAGUCAAACAGCAAGGGGGCCUGUUAAUUGUCUUUCAUUUCAUGUCUUUAUUAAUCUUUAUAUAGACCUAGAAAUCUAUUUAAAUGGACGACGGAAAAGAAGACUUAUGCAUGAGUUAAUGAAAUGGAGAUAAGUCGUCACAACGUACAACCCAAAAAGCAGAGCCGGGGAUGACCUGGCCAUCCCGUGCAGCACCUCUUAGCAUUUGUUUUUUCCAGCUCAAGGCUGACUUUCUAGAAUGUUCCUUCUUCCAUCGAGUCUUUCUCAGGUCAGUUGUGUAUGUCACUCAGUGUGACGGCGAGACACCUCCGACACCACGUAAGAAGUUGUAAAGAGCCGUAGACGCGACUCCAAAGCUUUACGCAGACACUUCUCUUGCUCUCUGAAGUGUGACUUUUUACUUUGUGCUUCCUGCCUGUUCAUUCUCAAAUAGGAAGGCCUGCCGAAUAAGCAUAACUCGUAUCGUUUUUCAGUGUAAGGGAAAAAUCUAAAUAAAUAAAGGAGACGGAGCGGUGCUGGGAAUGCGGUCAGCUCAGUCGCAUGGAAGCAGUUAGUCUUCAUGUGCACAGACAUUACGGUACUUUUAGAAAGGCCCAGUGCUUUAAGUCAGGCGAGCCUUCAUUAUGAUUUGACGUUUGUGUUGGUUUUCAAAGAAUUUUCCUUUUUUUUUUUUUUUUUUUGGUUAUGUAAUGUUUUCAUUUCACAGGGAUAAAUAACUUCAAAAACAUAAAGUUGCAUGCACAAUUGUAUGCUUUAGUGUUCAUUUUUGCAAAGUGAGAAUAUUUUUAUAAGAAGUGAUUUUGCUUCAUUAAUUUGGCUGUGCAGCCAUGCAGUUCAUUUGAUUCAGUGAGCCGACUGAACACGUCUGUUUGCGGAGACGGUCAGGGGGGUCCUCCAAGUCCUGUGUUGGGGCGUCCAGAUCUCGGUUAACAUCUGAAAUGGCACAAACAAAAAAAAUCCCACGGUCAGGUAUACAGUCGACAUCGAAACCAUCGUUCAAACACAUUUUAUUCUUCUGACAUUUUAUAUGCCUGAAUUGUACGACCGCAGCACAGCAGGCAUUCAAACCUCUGUAUAUAAAAGGUGAUAUUUUUUUCUGUUCUUUGACGUUUUGCUUUAAUUAAAUAGAAGAUGGACUCAUGAACAAUGGCACAACAUCGGGGUGGCAUUCAUCUACUUGUGCGCAAAAAAAUACAAUUAUUAAAAGAAA